ACCGACAAACAGUGCAAAAUUGUUUACCUCAGAACCAUUCUGUUGCAUUUUGCGUUGUGGUGCGGUCGUGGACAACCUUGAGUUACUACUACAAGAGAAAAAAAAAUCGAAUUAAUAGUCGGUAGCAUCUCUGAAAAUUCGCAAAACAAGGAAUCACAAAAUUUAAAAUGAGCGAUUUCUAAAAAAAUUCUGCGUAUUUUUUUUAGUUUAUAGUGUCGCAAAACCGAGUGAUGGAUAUUAUUUUUGUUUUGAUUGCUUUUUGUGUUUUUAAAAAUGCCGAACAAGCUCCUUUGCAAGAAACACCUCCCUUUGAAUUCGAUGAUGGUUGGAACUAUAAAUUACCACCACAUACAUCGCCUUUACUGAAGGGGUCUGAAAAACAUUUUUUGAAACCCCAUUAUACGUAUGGAAAGGACCUUAAGGUUGAAGGCCUCAACGACAAUGAUGAUCGUAAUUCUAAGGCUACUGAAUUCAGAAAAAUCAUAGCAUUUGGAUCGGAUAGUAGGGACAUUAUUGGCUUGAAUGUCACUUGUCCUGUAUGUGAAACAGCUGCUCAAUUUUUGAAGAACCAACUGACGGCUGGCGUACCAUUCGACAUGAUCAAGCAGUACUUUGUCUUGAUUUGUGCCGGAUUCACCGACAUGGAGGUUUGUUCCGGGCUGUUCGACUCCUAUGGACCGGAAUUGUUGCCAGUACUGGCGAUUAUCUCAGAUGCAAGGGAUGCUUGUAAGCUUUUACUAGGAGAAAGUUGUGAAAACUCUGAAACUCCCAAUCACGAAUGGACUGUAGAACUUCCAGAUAAUAAACCAGAAAUCAAAGAGCCUCAAUUACCAAAGGCUGGAAAGCCAGUGUUCAAAGUUUUACAAUUAUCGGACACUCAUUACGAUCCAGAUUAUGUUGUUGGAUCCGUGGUGAAUUGCCAAGAACCACUCUGCUGUCGGUCACACAGUACCCCUAAGGAGGACGAAGAAAGAAUUUCUGCAGGGAGAUGGGGUUCAUAUCAAAAAUGCGAUGCUCCCAGAAGCCUUUUGGAGAAUAUGCUUAACCACAUAGCCUUAGAACAUCCGGAUGUGGACUAUAUUAUUUGGACUGGCGAUCUACCACCGCACGAUGUUUGGAAACAAACCAAACAGUCCAAUCUGGACGUCAUAAAAGACAGCGUGGAGAUGAUUUUUAAAAUGUUUCCGGACAAACCUGUCUUCCCUGCAAUUGGUAAUCACGAAUCAGCUCCAGCUGGCAAUUUUCCACCACCUUGGAUGCAAGACGAGUCCCAUUCUAUAUCCUGGUUGUAUGAAGAACUGGCCAAUCACUGGCUAAAAUGGCUGCCAUCCAGUACUGGAAAUACCCUGCAACACGGGGCAUUUUAUUCAGUUCUUUUAAGACCAGGUUUUAGACUGAUUUCUCUGAACACAAACUAUUGUUAUUCACUUAGUUGGUGGUUAUUUGUCAAUGGUACUGAUCCAGCCAGUGAACUAAAAUGGUUGGUAAACGAACUUCAACUAGCCGAAAAUAACAAUGAGAAAGUGCACAUCAUAGGGCAUGUUGCACCUGGAAGUGAAGAUUGUUUGAAGGCUUGGUCCAGAAACUUCCACGAUAUCGUUAAUCGGUACGAGAGUACUAUCACCGGACUGUUCUAUGGUCACAGUCAUGCAGACGAGUUCGAAGUGUUUUACGACAAAAAAAAUCGCAGUAGGCCUACUGCAGUGGCGUAUUUGGGCCCCUCUGUAACAAGUUUCACUAACUACAAUCCAGCUUAUCGAAUCUAUUACGUUGAUGGCGAUCAUAACGAAACAACCAGGGAAAUUUUGGAUCACGAAACAUGGACUAUGGAUUUGGCCGAUGCUAAUGAAAACGAAAAUCCUCCGAAUUGGUUCAGAUUGUACUCUGCCAAAGAGGCCUACGAGAUGCCCAAUCUACGACCUAAAUAUUGGGACAAACUGAUCAAAGAUAUGGAACAGAAUUCGAAUCUGUUUCAGCAGUUCUACAGGAAUUAUUAUAGGCAGUCGCCAACAACGCCAUGGUGUGAUGCUGAAUGCAAACACAAGAUAAUUUGUGAUUUAAAAUGUGCCAAGUCUCAAAGUAGACAUGAACUUUGUGAACAAAUCAGCCGAUAACAAUAGUUAAUAAAUUUAGUUUUAAAAAAUAA